UAUCCAUACCAGCCCGGUGACAAGGUGUAUAUCCGUCAGCUGAACAGGACCAAGAAAGGAGGAUACCCUUUUGGACCACCUGCUACUGUGAUUGCUGUACCCGGAACCGCUGUCCUCACAGAUUCCCACGACAUCUGGAUUCACGCAUCCUGAGUGAAGCUGUGUCCAAAGAGGGGAGCCAAGGAAGACCACACCACUCCUCGCUCGGAAACAGAAGAAUUUCUCCUCAGCGAAGCAUCAUGGCUUUUACACCAUAUCGUAGAUUGAGAGGAUCAUACGUACCUGAGACCAAGAUUAUGUAUUGCGCUAUGCUUUCUGGAGUUGUUAUACUCCCUCUGAUAUUGUUCCUUGAAUGCCAUUAUGAGUACAAGUCAAUGGGAAGUUUGAAACCUGUUUGUUUCUGGAGAAAAGACUCUGACAUGAUGAACAACUCUUCAAUACCCCCAGCCCAAUUAGGCCUUAGCCCCUCAUCUAGCAUUCGUCACACACGCUCCCUCAAGAACCUUUCUCCACCACCUUUCUAUCAGCAUGUAAUAUGCAAUUAUUCAUUCACUGAACACAUUUGGAUGAAUUGGACAAAUAGUAACCCUUAUAAGUACCAGUUACCCAUAUGGAAUGUGUCCACAGCUAAUGAAACCGAUGCAUUAUGUUUGUUUGAAGGUUCACGGAAAAUUGUUAGAUCUUAUAAUGCAGAAAUGUGCACAGUUAAGGUUGCAUAUCAAUGUAAACAGACAGGCCUUAUUACUUUUAAUAAUGAUUAUAUAACUGGUACCAUUAAUUGGAGAAGGGGACGAAUGUUAGUCAUUAUGAACGACACUGUAAUUGAGAACCAUACACUACCUUAUAUUUGUACACCUUAUUACUGUCCUUUAUCCUCUACCAUAGAACCAAAAGUCAACAACGACACACACACCUAUUCCGUCCACAUGUAUUAAUACAACUGCCUUCUUACAAGCUGUACAUGAGUCAUUAAA